CGCUUCCUUCUCCCACGGUAUACACAGCAAAUCUGCAUCUCGCCUACCUCUAAGUCCCGCUCUAUAAGGGUUUGGUGGGGAUUUGAGUUUGGUGAAUCAGAUCGAUUAAUCCGUGAUCUGGUUAUUUUGUUGUAUAUUUGAUCGGAAAAGAUGGCUUCAAUGGGUCAGUUGCGGUGCUCGACGGUGUCCAAGCAGUUACCAACUGCCACGGGCGAGAGCCGCCGCGUGCAGUUACAACCGAUUGAUGUGGUUUCAUUUCCUAAGAACAGUUCUCUCCUCCUUCCCCAAAUGAGGAUUUUCAAUCCUCUGUCGCCGGCUAAACUCGAGAUUGCGUAUGGUGGGGGUGAUGGGAACAACGGGGUGCGUAACAGAGGGGGCAGCAGUGGCGGGGGCGAUGGGGGAUGGGGAGCAGACGGCAAUUCCGAUUCUGAUUCCGGUAAAUCGUUGGGUAGGUUUGGGAUUUUGGGUCUUUUCCUAAGUGGGUGGAGAGACAGGGUAGCGGCGGAUCCGCAGUUCCCUUUCAAGGUCCUCAUGGAAGAAUUGGUCGGCGUCACCGCCUGCGUUCUUGGCGAUAUGGCUUCCCGUCCAAACUUCGGCCUCAACGAGCUUGACUUUGUUUUCUCCACUCUUGUAGUCGGCUGCAUCGUCAAUUUCAUUCUCAUGUACCUCUUGGCACCUACUGCCUCAGCAACCUCAUCCUGUCUUCCGGGUAUCUUUGCCAAUUGUCCCACAAGCCAUAUGUUCGAGCCUGGCGCCUAUUCCCUAGCGAACCGUCUCGGCACCUUUGUCUACAAAGGAGCAGCGUUCGCUGCCGUUGGAUUUGCUGCAGGAUUAGUCGGAACUGCAAUCUCAAAUGGGUUGAUCAAGUUGAGGAAGAAGAUGGAUCCCGAUUUCGAAACCCCCAACAAGCCUCCCCCCACUGUGCUAAACGCCCUCACUUGGGCUGCCCACAUGGGAGUCAACAGUAACCUGAGAUACCAAACCCUGAACGGUGUUGAGUUCGUUUUGGCCAAAUCUGUCCCUCCAUUGGUAUUCAAGACAUCAGUGGUGGUUCUAAGAUGCCUGAACAAUGUCGUCGGUGGAAUGUCCUUUGUGAUGUUGGCGAGGUUGACGGGAUCACAGAGUGUGGACGCAGGGAAGCCGACGGUGGAGGUUGGUUAUGUGGAAGAGAAGGAGAAGUUGAUUGAGGAGAAUGAAGAGAAAAUAAAAGAGGAAUGAGUCGAUUUGAAGUGAUUUGAUAUCAUAUCUUGUUUCUUGGGCUUCUUCUGCUUAGAAAUGUCUUGUUUUGUUUUUUUAGUUAUGUUCAUAGCAUGGACUGGCUUUUGUAGAUCAGUUGAAAAGGGUAGAAAUAAAAUCCGACAUAAACUGAUGUUUUGAGGUGUCAACUUCAAGGUGUUCUAACUUGAGUUUUGUUCUGGUUUUGUCAUUUCUACUUCCCCAGUUCACAUUAUAUCAAAACUUCUAUUUUCAUCGUUUGAGCUUAUAAUCCAAUCAAGUAGCCUUAAUUGU